GUUGACAUUUGCAAAAUCUCGAAACAUUUUUCAGUGCGUUUGCAGGAUCCGAUUUUUGGUUAGCUGGUCGUCACAGUUUAGAUUUACGAUGGAGGUUUCUCCAGAUUCAGAAAUAUCUCCGGAAAACGUUGAAAGUUCUGCUGCCGAAGGCGAUACCGCUGCUGGUGAUGAUGAAGCUGACCGAAAAGAAAUAAUGGAUUAUAUUACGGAGCUCAGCGCAAAGUACGAGCAGAAGUGCACUUUACGACUUCAGAAUGUUGCUCCUGAUCGGCCACCCGAAUCUUACUUCUCCAAGUGUGAUUCUAGUCUGAAGAAGAAUACUGCGUUUGUGAAAAAGCUCAAACAGUUUACUGCCUCUCAGCUAGACGGGCUGUUGAAAGACAUGGCCGGAUUAAAUCUGACCAAAUACAUAUCCGAGGUCAGUGCAGCGAUUGUGGAAGCGAAACUGAAGAUGAGCGAUGUGAGUCCAGCGUUGCUGCUGUGCAGCAAACUUCACCAGACGUACGCCGAUUUCAGUACAAGUUUUCACGAGAGUUGGCAGAAAAUAUUACACGUGAAAGCGGGAGAAAAGAUUGGAAAUCCCAGCAAAAUGCGAGUCGAUUUGCGAUUUUAUGCAGAACUGAUUAGCGUAGGAAUAUUCGCCAACAAAGUCGGUCUACCUUUACUAGGGCAAUGUUUGACCGCGUUGAUCUCGCAGGAUAAGGAGGAACACAGUAAUUUAUCUAUUAUACUGUCGUUUUGUCGUCAUUGUGGAGAUGAAUAUGCAGGACUUGUUCCAAAACGGGUGCAGGAGUUGUCGAAAAGAUUCUCUAUUCCGGUACCCAGUUCGAAUCUGCUGCCUGCUGACAAGCAGAAUAAUUUGAGAAACCUUCUAAAGGACUAUUAUCAAACUCUAUGCGAUCAUUUAAAAAAUGAACACAAACAGUUGCAGUAUGCGGAGAAAUCCCGUCGAAGGAUGCUUGAAUCGAAGGGAGAAGUGUCCAGCGAUAAGAAGGAACAAAUCGAAAUGCUUCAGAAUAGCUAUGAGAAGUUACUUUCUUCCACGGAAACGAUGGCAGAUCUAUUGAAUGAAAGCCUGCCGGAACUGACGGUUGAGGUUGAACCCAGUCUUACGGAAGGAACUGUCAUUGAUAGUGUGGUGGAUGAGCAAUUCGCCAAUUUGGACCCUUGGGGAGAUGAAGAUACGCGUAACUUCUAUGUAAACUUACCAGAUUUACGACAGUUUUUGCCUAAUUAUUGCGGUAAAAAAGAAGAAGUGAUUCCCGAUGAACCUGCCAUUACGGAAGAAGUGCUAGAUAUGGAGGUGGAACCGGAGGCAGAUGCAGACGAUGGUCAGGAAGUACCACUAUCUGAGCUUUCGGAAACAGCAGACGUGGAAGAGGAAUCAACAACGGCUCCCAGUACUCCCCAUCAUCAUGCUAAUCGGGAAUACUUCGAGGCGUUUAUUGCGAAUCUUCAGAAUUGUGUCAAUACGGAGCUCAUCGAUUCCGCUGCUAUUGAUUUUCUACUCAAUCUGAAUACGAAAAAUAACCGUAAAAGGCUGGUUAAGGUACUGUUUGGGGUUCAGAGAACCCGGCUAGACUUGUUGCCGAUGUAUGGACGGUUUGUGGCGAUUCUUAAUCUGGUUUCGCCGGAUCUCGCAGUCGAGUUGUGCCAGAUGUUGAAAGUCGACUUCAAGUAUCAGAUCAAGAAGAAAGAUCAGAUCAACAUCGAAACCAAGAUCAAAGUGGUGCGAUAUAUCGGCGAACUGGUCAAGUUCGGAAUUUACAACAAAAUUGAGGCACUUUUCUGCUUAAAGUGUUUGCUGCACAACUUUCAGCAUCACCACAUCGAGAUGACAUGCGCGUUUCUUGAAGUGUGUGGCGUUUAUUUGUACAAUAGUAGAGAGAGUCGUCUUCGCACCAACGUCUAUUUAGAGCAGAUGAUGCGUCUCAAAACGAACACAACGAUGGACAGUCGUCACGCCCAGCAAGUGGAUACGGCAUAUUAUUUAGUCAAACAGCCGGAGGGCAUGCGGAUCCAGCGUAAGGUGCGACCGCUUAUUCACACCUACAUUCGUCAUUUAAUUUUCGAAGAGCUUAACAAGUCUAACGUGGACAAAAUGAUCAAGUUGUUGCGACGUUUAAACUGGGAGGAUCACGAUACCCAAAAUUAUGCGGUGAAGUGUCUAUCGAAAGCCUACUGCAUUCGGUACCAUUUGAUCCGCAGUUUGGCCGACUUAGUAUCGGGGUUAAGUUCCUACCAGGAGAAAGUGGUUGUCAAAGUGAUCGACGCCGUGUUCGAGGAUAUCCGAGCGGGACUGGAAAUUCACGACACGAAACUCGCCCAGCGGCGAAUAGCAAUGGCUAAAUACCUGGGCGAGUUGUAUAACUAUCGUCUAGUUGAGUCGGGAAAUGUUUUGAACACGCUUUAUUCAAUUAUUUCGUUGGGUGUGAGUUUCAGUCACGAAGUUCCGUCUGAUGUGGAUCCACCCGGUAGUUUGUUUCGCUUGAAGCUGGUGUGCGUUCUGUUGGACACCUGCGGACAAUACUUUACCAGCGCGUCCAGUCGAAAGCGAAUGGACUACUUUCUGAUAUUCUUUCAGCACUAUUACUGGUUCAAAAAAUCGGACCCAGUAUUCACCAGUGAGGAGAGUAAAGACCUGUUUCCUAUCUUGGUCGAUCACAUGUACAAGGAAUGUUUCAAAAACCUUCGACCAAAAUUAAAAUUGUUCACUAGUUUCGAAACGGCCAAAGAAGCGGUCGAAGGUCUGCGGAAAAAACUUUAUCCAAAUCUGUUCAACGUGAAGGAAGACGAUGAUCGAAGCAGUCUCAAACCGAUACAGGAGAAUGAGACGGACAAAGAGGACACCGUUACGGAAGAUUGUACCUCGGAAGCGUUUGGUGACUCGGAAGAUGACGACGAUGAGAAUCCACGGAUCCAGCGGGAUGAUGAUGAAGAGGCGGUGGAAGAUGAGCUCCUGGACGAGGAUGAGGAUGGUAUGAACGUUGGAUUAGUACCGGAUAAACCUUCCCCUCCGGAAAAAACAAUCGAGGACAUGGAAUUUGAGAAGGAAUUUGAACGGAUGGCAACCGAAAGUUUCCUAGAGCGAUUGAAGGAACCGGUGAAGUUGAAUACAAAAGACAUUCCCAUUCCGAUGACUAUGAGAAGCAGUGGAACGAAGAAAACGUAUGAACAGUUGCAGGAAAACCAAGAAAAAGUCGAUACGGUUCCGUUUAUGCUGAUGGUUCGCGGUAAGGGUAAACAGCAGCAAUACAAAUCCUUUGAAGCUCCCUCUGACAGCCAGCUGGCCAUUUACCUCAAAGAUCAGGAGCAAAAAAUCAAGGAAGAACACGAUAGUGUUAAGCGUCUGACGCUAAACAUCACCGAGCGGUUGGAGGAGGAGGACUACCAGGAAUCCUUGCUACAGAGCCAACGUCCUCCGGCAAGCAAUAAGGUAAGACUUCAAAAGCCUCCUAAAUUCAAACACCCCAAGGGCGCACCGGAUGUGGAUGCGAUCUUCCAUUAGGCAUCGCUAGAUGAUGAGCUGGAUUCGCUUCGAUCAACGGCAAAGUACUCCAAUAAAGUUGACAAUGAACGAAUGCG